CUGCGACUGUGUCUCUGUCGUAUAUAAAAUAGAGGGGCCCCAGCUCAGAGCUUUUCAAACGAUCACAAAAUGUGCAGCAUUGAGUAUGAUGCGGAAGUGGCCGCUCCGCCCAAGCAUCUGGAUGUGGCCUUCUUUGAGGAGGUUCUGGAGACGGCCCUGCGGACGGCCAGGGGGGUCCAGCUGCUGAGCAUCCACAUUCGCAUGGGCAGCAGCACCGGCGAGAACUACUGCAGUCAGAUCUAUCGGACAAAGGUGGUGUACCGGCUGCCCGGCCAGGCGGACCAGCACAUGAUGUUCAUUGUGAAGAGCAUACCGCGCGUGGAGUCGGUGGAGUUCAUUGAGGAUCUGCAGGUGUACUUGAAGGAGAAGGUCACGUAUCACGAUGUGCUGCCCCGCCUGGAGCUGCUUAUGAAAUGCAAGCGGCGCUUCGGACCCAAACUCUUUCAGUGCCUUAAGCAGCCGGAGAACACGCUGGUGUUUGAGGAUCUCGGCCAUUCCGGCUUUGUGAUGGCCUCCCGCGAAUCGGGCCUAAAUGAGGAGCACUGCCGCUUGGUUAUGGAACGUCUGGCCGAGUUCCAUGCCACCUCCAUGGCCCUGGCCGUCCUGGAUCCGCAUAUCUUUGAGGCCUAUAGCGAUGGCAUGCUGUCCCCCAACGGCCUGGCCAAGGACGAUGGCAUGCUGAUGCGCUUCUUUGCGGACAACGGAGAAGAGCUGCACACCGUGGUGAGCUCCUGGCCUGGCUACGAGCGCAUUGCCGAAAAGAUUGGCAAGUACAUGAAGAACCAACGGUCAAAUCUGGUGCGCGCCCAGGCGCUGCAGGCCAAGGAGAUCAGGGUGCUCAACCACGGCGACCUGUGGGUCAACAACCUGCUUUUCAAAUACGACAACGCCAAACGACCCCAGGACCUGAUUUUCAUUGACUUCCAGCUGAGCGUCUGGGGCAGCCCGGGCAUCGAUCUGAACUACUUCUUCUACACCAGCCUCAGCCUGGAAGUGCUGCGGCACAAUCGGCCCAUGCUGCUGCGCACCUACCACACGCGCCUCUCAGAGACGCUGCUGAACCUAGACCUGGGCAUCCCGGUGCCCAGCUACGAGCAAAUACUGGAAGAGGUACACCGUCGCGAGUGCUACGGGUUCUUUGCCAGCUAUGGCAUAUUCCCCACCGUCAGCCAGGACAAGUCCCAAACAGCCGACAACAAUCUGGAGAACUUCACGGACGCAAACUUCGCCAAACAGAAGGUCAGACAAAUGUUCGAGUCCAAGCGUCUGCGGGAGACUUUGCGCUACACUUUGCCGCAUUUCGAGCGGGCUGGGGUCUUAGAUUAAACUAAUUCUAGCACUUACUUGUUACAAAAUACGUUUAGACGAUUGUGCUUAUCUUAAAUUGUACUUGAAACACCUUAAAUAUCACUUUUUGCACUUCA